AGCCCCCGCGCCCCGGUUCGCGUGGCUCGGGCAGUUCGCCAAGGUGGCCGCGCUCGCCGCCGUCGCCUGCGCCGUCACCGCACUCCUCUUCCCGGACACGGCGCUCGCCGCCGCCAAGAAGGCCGCCGUCGCCGCAUCCACCGACCCGCUCUGGAAACGCGCCAUCUCCUUCGUCCUUCACCUCGACAAGCACCUCGUGUCCAUCUUUGCAAACUACGGCUUCGCCGCGUACGGCAUGUUGUUCGCCAUCGUCUUCUGCGAGACCGGUUUGGUGGUCACGCCGUUCCUACCCGGUGACUCGCUGCUCUUCGCGUGCGGGGCGCUGGGCGCGCAGGGCAUCAUGAACGCGCCGCUGGUGCUCGGCCUCCUGUUCCUCGCCGCCGUCAUGGGCGACACCGUCAACUACGGCAUCGGCAACUUCAUCGGCGGCAAGGUUAUCCAAAAGUACCCGAAGAUCUUUAAGAAGCAGUACAUCGACAAGACGAAGGGUUUCUACGAGAAGUACGGCGGUAAGACGGUCGUGUUGGCCAGGUUUUUCCCCAUCAUUCGCACCUUCGCGCCCUUCGUCGCCGGCGUGGCGAACAUGAACUACACCAAGUUUUUCACGUUCAACGUCGUCGGCGCGGCGGUUUGGGUCGGACUGUUCAUAUUCCUCGGGUACUUCUUCGGGACCAUCCCGGCGGUGCAGGAGAACUUCGCGGCGACGAUCGUGGCGAUCAUCCUGCUGUCCUGCCUGCCCGUGGUCUUUGAGCUCAUCCAGGCGAAGAAGGAGGCGAAGGAGGAGGCUGCCAAGGCUGCCGGGGAGGGUGGAGCCGCCGCUUCUUGAUUCCGAUUUCGCGCUGUAGUACCAACUUGUAAUCUGCAUAAGAGUCUUUAGUCAA